AUGUAUUUCCUGAAAUUGAAUCAAGAGGCUAAUCUUGAGAAAAUUUUAGAGUUGGGACAUACACACGUGGGGAAAGAAUGCAUGAAGCUCGAAAAAUGGAAGGAGGGUACGAGCUAUGACAGUAUUCCAAAAGAAACAAUGCAAAUCUGGUUCAAGUUGCGAAAUAUCCCUCCCCACAUGUAUAACGCGGAAGCCUUAAGCCAUUUCUCUAGCCUUCUAGGAAAACCUCUAUACAUGGACAAAAUCAUUGAGGAAAACGAAAAUCUCACAUAUGCUAGGAUUAACGUUGAAGUUCAACCCAGAAGCGUUCUCCCCAACAAAAUUACAGUGGUGGAUCGAAAGGGAAAUGCUACCAAGAUGGUGGAUGACCAUGCAGUGGAUGACCAUGCAGACCAUCAACCAGCACUGGCUGAACUGAAUGAUUUUGAGGAUUCAGUGAUGUCAAAUCAAGAAAAUCCAUCCGAUCACGAAGAACAGAAUGAUCUCGAUGUUGCCGUUGUGCACAAUGAUGCUCCGUCACCACCUCUUCAACCGCAAUCUGUUGAGGAUGUACGUGAGGACAUUUUAGAUGAAUCAGUCCUUGUUGAACCGGAAGAUGUAGAGGCUGAACCGGAUGGGGCACACAAAGUGCAGACAACCACUGUUGAAGACGAUGAUCAGGUUGAAGUGAAGGAACAGGUUGAUGAACCAAAAUCUCCGCCUGAAAAUCCAAAUGAUCAGGGGGCAGGGAAGGAAAAUGGAAGGAAAAUUGACGUUCUGUACGAAGGUGCACCUGGUAAUAUUACCCGUCAAUUACUUCGUUCAAUGCAAAUGGGUCGCGAAAUUUCGAGCGAAGUGAUUGACGCUUGGUUAAUAUGGAGCAUGAUGCCACCUUAUUUUCCCAAUCCAUUGAAGAAGACAUGA